ACUGGACCGGCGUGGUCUCGCGCUGCCCGGGUGGCCGUGGCUGCUUGUGCGCCUGCGCGCCUCCCGAUGGCGCCUGAAAUUGCAAGGAAGCGGCCGAGGGAGGGGAUUUCGCAAGGCCACGGAAAAUGCUCAGUAACAAGCAGCAGCCAACGUUUCCCCCUUACCAGACUGUGUGAAACGGCCUCACGUUAAGGGAUUCACGCAUCCGAGGUCCUUGCAAUGGCCAAAAAUGGCGUUCCGGGCCAUAAAAGGCCUCAAAGAAGCUUAUCCCGAGGUGACAAAAUCAGGAAAACAGCCAGCAAGAAGUCCGGGCAGGAAGUGGGAGAUGCGUCACCUUCUGUCUCUAUCGUUUCGUUUUUUAAUAAGGCUCCCCCUUCCACGGUGCCCUGUCCCCUGUGCGGGCAGGCGGUGUCCCGAUACCAGAUCAACCAGCAUAUGGAUGAAGUAUGUCAGCGGAACUGUGGUGCUGAUGGUGACGUGAUUCUGGUAGAGACCGCAUCAGCUGCGGGUACUUCCGAAGGCAAGCGGCCCAGCUGUUCCAGCCCCGACUCUGCAAAGAGCCCCUCGACCCCGAAGAAGAACCCGACACCCCCGGAAAGCUGCAGUCUUAAAAGGAAACUGGGGGAUGGGGAAGGGACAAGCCCUUAUUUUGAAAGGGACGCUAGCCUGAGAGGGAGCGAUGGUGUCCCUGCAGUCCGAGCAGUGAAAAACAUCUCUCUGGGGAGUUUGGCGUCAAAGCUGUCCAGGAGGCGGUGUGCCCAGGGGGGCAGCGUGGGGCGCAAACAUGUCAAGAGCUGUCUGACUCCAGGCAGUGCCGGAGAAUGUCACCUAGGCGAUGCCACACUGGAGAGCGGUUCCCAGAAAGAAAACUGCUUUCCUUUUUCAAGCUCUGAAGAACAGCGUAGCCCCAAAGACAGGUUAACAAGCUUGACGGGAACUGCGGACGUAGCGCGAGGCUGUGAUGCGGAGACAGCCCAGGUUAGCUUGGACGAUUCUGCCUGCGUUUUAAUUCCUUGGGACGAUCUCGAUUGCAGUGACCUUGCCCUGCCACCAGGAGGGGGCAGAGAGCAGCCCGAGAGUCCCACAGACCCAUUCCCCAGUCCCGGUCAACACGGCACGCAUACAGCCGCUCACAGUGAAGCAGGGCCAUCCGGCAAGAGCGUCCUGCCGACUCCUGCAAAACCGACGCCCUUUAGGCGGACCCGGAAAUCCUCCUUUCGUAGAGGGGACUCAAAACAGCUUCCUGUGGAAGAACACCCAGAUUUAAGGAAUGAAACAGCUGAUGGCCACACGAGGCCUUCUGAAAGACUGACUUCUGAGAAUACGAGUGGCGCCGUUCCUGGGACGCUCCCCGAUCCGUCUGCCUCCGCGGCAGACUCAGGAGGGCACCCGUAUUACCUCCAGAACUUUCUGAGGGUCGUGCGAGCCGUGCUGGAGGAGUCGGACGACGUGAGGCUGUUUGAUGAGUGUGAAUUGCUGCUGGCUGAUCAGUUCUACGCGCUGUCAGCUGGUGGACAGAAGUUGUACGUCAGGCUUUUCCAGCGCAAACUGAGCUGGAUAAAAACCAGCAAGCUAAAAUAUGCCGAGAUUGGUGAUGAUUUGUCUCCGUACAUCGAAGAGCUCAUUAGAACCGGAUUCCUAGAGCCAGACUCGGAGUUGCAGGACCUGGCCGAAGUCCUCGACCUGCUCUCCGCCCCCGAGUUGAAAACCUUGGCCCAGACUUUCCACCUGGCAAACCCCAACGCUCCAAAGCAGCAGCUUCUGGAAGACUUCCGCAAGCUGGCCAAGCAACGCUCCAUCUUCAGCAGCAAGGAGUCGGGCCUCGGCAGCGUGAUUCUGAAGAGGGCAAAGGAGCUGGCCAGGAAGUCCAUCCGGCUCUGUAGAGGCCCGCGGGACGUCUUCUCCCGGGUGCUGCUGCUCUUCACCCUGACCGACCCGAUGGAGGAGGAGGAGGCUGGGAGCGGCGGCCAGAAAGCCCUCUCCACCCUGCUGCUGGUCAACCUGGGCCGCACGGCUUUCCCCGCUUACGUGGUCAAGAUGGAACGUCUGAUAUUUCAGGAUCGGGAGGACUUCCUCAGAUACGCCACUGCUGUGCACACCUCCAGCGACGUCUCCGCGGCUGUGGCGAAUCGAGACUGGGAAGAAGCGUACCGGCUGUACGAGGCGGCGAAAGAAACCUGGCGGGAAUUGGGGACGUAUCCUUCUUUGAGGCAUCACGCAGCCCUCCCAGAAUACCUGCGGUGCUUCACAUUUGGGUGGGUGUAUACCCGGAUCCUGUCACGGGGGGUCGAGAUCUUACAGAGGCUUCACCUCUAUCAGGGGGCGGUGGAGCAGCUGGAGGACCUCCUGGCUCAAGACGUUUACUGUAUCGACAGCAGAGGCCGUUGGUGGGACCGCCUGGCCCUUAAUCUGCACCAGCACUUGAAAGAGACCGAGAAGGCCAUCGGCUGCAUCCGGAGAGGCCUCCUGGAUCCGUUUGUGCGCACAGGCCACCGCCUGGCCCUCUCCCAGCGGGCCCAGCGGAUGAGAGAGUCCCCGGCUUGUAAGAAACAGAACCGUCUCCUUCAAGACCUGCCGGUGAUUUCAGUGGACGACGUCACACAUGUUACCAUCAAAGGCAAACUCUGCCCGCAAACUGGGACGGGGAAGUCGGUGUUCAUCACGGAAGACCUGGGCCCGGAAGACGGGAGAGAAGACCGGGAGCUGUCCGUGGUCGUGUGCUCCGUAGAGGAACUGGCCUUGGGUCACUACAGGCAGAAGGGCUUUGACCAAGGCAUUCACGGCGAAGGGUCGACGUUCAGCACGCUCUACGGCCUCCUGAUGUGGGACGUCCUCUUCAUGGAUGGAAUCCCCGAUGUCUUCCGGAAUCCUUAUCAGUCCCACCCCCUGGAUCUGUACACCGACAGCUUUUAUGAGAACCGGAAAGAGGCUAUUGAGGCCCGGCUUCGGGAAAUGCAGGCUGUUUCACCGGAAACCCUGACGGAGUGGAUUGGCCAGGUCUGGAACACCCAGAAGGGCAAAGCGACAGCGCUGGUCAGCUGGGAGCUGUUCUCUUCCCUUGAGCAGGUGCAGAAUCUGGCACGCUGCUUCGGAGGCCCGUUUCUGAGCGGCGUCUGUCGGCGUCUGUCGAGAGACCUGCGCCACUGCCGGGCCGGCCUGCCUGACCUGGUGGUGUGGAGAACAGAGGAUCGCCGUUUCAAGCUGGUGGAGGUGAAAGGCCCCAGGGAUCGUCUCUCCCCCAAGCAGAUGCUCUGGCUGGCUGAACUGCAGCGCCUGGGAGCGGCCGUGGAAGUGUGCCACGUGGGUGCCACGGGAUCGAAGAGCGAACGCCUGAGCUGAAGAACUUUUCCGCCAUGCUGGAAAAUAAAUUCUCUUGCCAUGCAUUCCCA